AUGGCGAUUUCCUCCUUGUCCAGUUCUGCCGCCUGUCGAUUUGCUCCCCAUUGCGGCAGGAUUGCCAGUGGCUCCGCAUCGUCUUCCUUUGGCCACUCUCCCUGCUUUCUGUUCCUCCCAUUUUCUGCCUCGCCGGCCCGGAUCCUCGCGCUCAGGGCCGUCAAGGGGGCGCAGGUUGGGAAGGUCGGCGGCUCCCAUGGGGCGUCCCAAGACCCGGGGCCAUUGAGGCGGCCUCUUGUCUCUCCUCUGCCGGAGGACGAGGAAGAAGAGGAAGAUGGGUCGGCUGGUGGGGUCCCUAGAUGUGAUGAUGCUGACGAGAUUGAUGAUGGCGGGAGACCGACCGAAGAGCCGCGGGGAGGUUCGAGGCGUAGAAAGCCAGAUUGGGUGGACUGGGAAGACCAGAUACUGCAGGACACUGUGCCCCUAGUCAGCUUCGUGAGGAUGAUCCUCCACUCUGGAAAGUAAGCUUCCUUGAGCAUGAGAAUGGCUCGGUUCUUUCGGACUAAUCGGACAAGAAAAAUAGGAAAAGCUGCUGCCUCCUUCUGUUCUAAUUAUGUAUUGGGAUAGUGACUCUCAAAUAAACUAGAUGCGUUCAGAUUUCCUCAAACCCCAAGGGAUCUGACUAAGUAUUAGCAGUCAUUCCAAAUGCUUAUCAUCCGGCUUCCAGCACCUUAAUCCAAUUGGAUUUCUAGCUGUUUCAUUCAAUCUCGUAACGCCCACUGUACAAAGCGCAGAUCUCUGUGGCCGUCAAUCUGAACGCUGAUUACAAUCCUCCAUGCGGAUCGCAUCAGACACUAUUUCCCCUUUCUGUUGCCGAGAUAUUGAUAGAAUUUCUUGGAGUUGAACACUUACUGUCAUAAAAAAUCAGGGCCCUGCUGACUUCCCCCGUAGAAUACCGGUCUAUAGAUUUUUGGUCAUCAAUCUGUCUGAGUAAUUACCGUCAAUAUGUGCACAAUAUCAAAUAGUUUUUUACUGUUCAAGAGCAAAUUUUUCUAUACAUGUCGAAUAAUGAGAUGCAGAGAGAAUGUGCGUGUAAAAUUGAACAUCUUGAAAUUAGGUCUUGAGCACAGCAUGGUUGUACACGGAUUUUAAUAGGGAAUCAGUGAGUGCAUGAGAAUGAUACUGGCAACACUUGCAAAUAAUAUGUAAGAAUGCGGAGAAUAGAGGGGAGGAUUGGUUCUGGAGUUGCUCAAUGAUAGAGGUGGACAAAGGAACUUAUUUUCUUAGGUUGUUAAGAGGUUCUCACUUUGCAUGUAUAUUUUAAUGCUUCCUUGACAACAAGACUUUGAAUAGUUGUGGUUUUAUAUUAGUUUUUGGAAUGCUUUUAUUUGGAAAGUUUAAUAAUCAUUGUUUUCUUUUAAUGCAUUACUAAUUGCGUAUGAUGGAAAUUUUAUUUAGGUAUGAAAGUGGCGAUAGAUUAAGUCCAGAGCAUGAAAAGAUGAUUUUGGAACGAUUGCUGCCAUACCAUCCAGAGUUUGAAAUCAAGAUAGGAUGUGGAGUUGAUUUUAUCACAGUAAGUUCUUUCAUUAGUACUAUUUACUGGUUCCUUUGAUGCAAAAGUACCUUUUCUUUUCUUCUGUGUGACAUCUCAAAGUUGUGCAUAUUAUCACUGGCUGAAUAUGGUAAUCAAUUGUUAGCAAAACUGUUUCUUUGCGCAUCAAUAAUCCAAGCCAAGGUGGAUCUCCCCGUUUUGAACUCUGAUGCGUUUUCCAAUGUAUAAGCUUCAAGAUGUUUUCUUUCAUUUUGCAGAGUUUGAAUUAACUAUUGAGGGACUCACCAAUUAGAGUAUCCUUAUCCAAACUUGUCAUUGAAUUUGUAUCAAUGUUUUAGGUGACUAGUGAUCAAGGCAGUGAUCCAUUGAAUAGUGCCUAGGUGACAAGGCAAGACGACUAUGUCAUGCCUUUUAAAAUAAAUAUAUUAUAGUUUAUAAAUAUUUAAUUAAAAUACAGCUUGUAUGUAGGGAUAGAUUAAACUUACAUACACGAAUAUUAAAUUUACCUUGUGAUGCCAUAAUGACAAGCGCUUGUCUUAUUUCAGUACUUCACUGAUGUAAAUAUUUAAAAAUAUUUAACUUUGUAGAUAAUAUUUAACCAUAAUUUCAUUUACAAUGGGUGAAUGUAUUUGAAAAAUGUAUAAUUUUUUUCUGCAUGAUGCUAGGUAAGUACGAGGCCAAAUGCUACCCCUCAAAGUAUGGGAAUUUGGCUGAACCUUUUCAUGUCUAAUAGUGUAUUCAGAAAUGGGAGUUUGCCUUAUAGCGAGAAGGGACUUCAUUUUUGAGAGGCUUAAUCUCUAUUUCUAAUUGAAAUAGUUAGAGGAUGAUUCCUUCUAUCGCACAUACGAGCAUUCCUUGGAUGCAAACCUCAGCAAUUCUUUCUAAUCAAAUCAAUUUAUUAUAGUCCUAUUCUAACAAGAUAACCAGGUGGCAUGGUCUACAUCAUACACCAUAUAAGCUUUAUUUUAGUUACAUUCUAUGUCAUAACGAAGGUUGCGAAUUACUGAAAGGGUCUUUGAGCAUUGUCUGAAAGCAAUCUCAAACGGCAAGAGUCUUGCUUCCUGACCUCAUACAGUUGUCCUUUUGUGAUAUCCUUUCCUUCCUUUCUUUUCGUUUAAUGCUAUGACUGUCUGCUCACAAAAACGUAUGAUAAAUGGUCCUUGUAUGACAUUGAGACUUGUGAAAGAACGUAUUGUCCAUAGGAAUCCGGCCUAUACUUGAAGAGGGUAUAGUAGAAUUGUUCCACAUGGAAAGGUAAGACAUAUUCACAGGGUAACUAACAUGUCUUCUACUCAUUCCCUAUUGAUUUUUAGUUAACUAAUCUAGUUCUCUUACAGAAUAAAUCUUGAGAAUUUUAUAUCAGAGUAUCAGGUUGAUGAAUGGAGAGUAUGUGUAAAUACCCUCACAAAUAUUUCUCUGAUAUUUUCAUCACUUUAGAAAGUUUGGUUAUGGAAACUAUGAAAGAUUGGAAGCUCAAUUGAGCGCACUAGUGUCACAUGCACAAAAUAAAAUAUUGAUUGUCUUGACAUCUGAAGUGAGAAACCGUUCAUCAAUGAAAUUUUUUCCUUGCCCUUUUUUUUAGAGAACAUGCGGUCCUUUAAUGGCCCUUUAAACAUCAAAUCUUUCAGCUUGAAUAAAGACACUCUUGCUUUUAAUAGCUUUUAGUUUCUGGAAAAUUUGGAUCAUGGUUGUUCUCAAUACCUUUUGUCACUUAUUCUUUUUUAGCCCUUAACCUCAAACUAAUCAUUGCCUAUAUUUCCUCCUGAAGGAUAUAGUUUUUUCGAGUUUUUCAGUUUCUUUGGAUUGAGAUCUUACUUCUAAAAAAUUGCAAAUGUCAAUACUGUCCAAUUUCCCUUUUUAACUCUUUAAUCGUGUUAAGACUUGUCAUCGAGUUGUUGAUACUUUAGUACUUUUAGUGUUGACCUACCUCACCUUGAUGUUGACUUCUAUGCCUUUUGCUCUGUGGUUUAUAAGUUAUUGAGAUUUACCUCAUACGUGUCAAAAUUGUGUGUAAAUAAUGCCAUGCUUUAUCUCAUGUGUUGAUGCUUGGCAUACUAUGAAUCUCAACACUCAUGGAUGAUCCUUUUGUAGGCUUAUAAUUAUUCAUGCUUGACGUAGUAGGUGUUGACUCUUGUUUAACCUGUAACUUUAAAUAUGUUAAGUAUUUAACUAAAGGGCAAGAGUGUUGACACUCUUGGGCAAAUAUUGUAAUUUCGGAUAUGUUGACCCCCCUUUGUGGUUGACUCUCUCAGCUAAAAUUUACUUCCCUCAUCAUUAAACUUUAAAGAAAAUUAGUUUUGCUUAUCGAAAUAAGGUUUAUAAUUUUUAGCUUGAUUUCAAACACAAUAACUUCUCUUAUAUAUGAUUAGUCAUUUUCGGCUCGCCCAAAUCAGUACCAAGAGAUUUUGGCUUGACUCAAAACCCUACUAAUUUUGUCAUUUAAUCUUUGCUAAUGUAUAAGAAGGAAAGAGGAUCUCACAUGAUGCCAGAGUGCAUGAUUUUCUGUUUUGAGAAAAAAACAUCGCCCUAUUAUCUUUACUGAUGUACUCUAUAUCAGAAACACGGGCAUAGGUGCCAGACAAUGAUUUCAAAGUGUAGACACGGACAGUUGUCGAUUGUUGCUUGACGUCAAUCCUAUCUGGUUACAACUUGUGCUUGUCUGAUUCGUCCUACCUAUCUACAUUUCCAGGUUGGAUUUGUAUAAAAAGAAGGCGAAAAUUCUUGCUAAAACAGUAAAAAUCCUCGGAUUUAGGCCCAUGAUUGAUUUAUCAGAAGAAAAAAACCCUCCCGGCAAUGGCAAGGAUUCAAAGGUUGACAUGCCCUCAUCUUCAUAGGCUGUUUAUCUUGACUCAGAUCGAUCUCCUUGGGACAAGCAAGGGAAUCUGAAAUCCUAGUCAGUAGUUGCUGCUGUCAUUUUCUUCUUUGAUCUUGCAUUUGGAGUCUCCCAAACCCCUGAUGAUCCAUGUUUGAAGUGCUCUAAAUGGCCUUGAAAUCAUAUGCCAAUGUCACUCUCUCUCUUAAAUCAAGUUGCUUCUCCAAUCCCGAUCCGCAUCCUCACCUGUGGCAUGGUGUGACUUUGUGGAGAAACACUCAUCCCACCGCAGCUCUGAUUCAUUUCUUUUCUAUUUCUUUCUGUGCUUCUAUCAUCAGUGUCAAGAGGACCCACCCAAGACGCCGCUUGGCUCAAUCCUCUCUUCUCCUGAUCUUUACUAUCAUUUCCUUGAUGCGAUCUUUGUUCUGGGCUACCAUAUUUGGGAAAUCCUACUUACCAUCGCCGGUGAUAGUUUUCAUCCAUCAAACUGGAGCUACUCCCCAGUAGUGGCUAUCUUUCACCGAUUCUGUAUCUCUGUCUGCAGUCAGACCGUUCACCAAGUGAAGGAGAGAACCUGGAAAAUGGUUUCACCUAGCUCAGACAGUGAGGCUAUUACCUAUGUUCUUUUGUUCUAAAAACUUCAGUCUCUAGAUCGAGAACUGCUUGGCCAGGGAUUGGUGUCAACGGGCUUUUACAAUAAUCAGUCCUCGCUGAAAUCUGUUGAUCUGGGUUUGAUCAACAUAUCUGGAAGUUUGUGAAGUAUCCACCAUGUCUUCAUGAUCAAAUCUGAUGAGAAAAAUCCAGUGAGUAUUGAGUGCUUUUGGCUAUGAAGGUCUAUCAACUCCUGGUUUAUGGAACGAGAUCAUCUGGAUUAGAAACCUCGGCGAACACUUACAAUCUGGGCUCUGACCCAAGAACUAGGAAGUUUACAAAAUCUUAUUCUGAAGGCGGUACUAAUUAGGAUUGGCUCACAAAUGCAUUCAUGCUUGAUCUUUUGAUCCGGCCAUGCCUGCUGAUUAAUUUCCCUCGCUGAAAUGUAUUCAAGUCGAACCAUUUGGUUGAUUUAAGCAUAUAUACCUAUCUGUUCUUUCUUUUAUUUUUCUAUAUUUAUUUCACCCUUGAUAUUACGAGAUGGUUAUAUUCAAGAAACAACAGGUGCUCUUCAACAUGAGAAUAUGCAUGUAUUUAUAUGUAAACUAGACUAUAGAUUCAAGGCAUGCAUGAUUAUCUUCUUAUAGCUUGGGGUUUAAGGUUUAGGGUUUAUGAUGUUGACUGUUUUAUAAAUACUUAGUCAAUGAAUCUCAUGUCAAUGUUGCUCUAACUAAGGCGAUGAUUUUUCAUGUUCUUAUUAGAUUGGAUAUCAUCCAGACUUUGAGAGCUCGCGGUGCCUAUUCAUAGUCCGCAAAGAUGGGGAGCUGAUUGACUUUUCAUAUUGGAAGUGCAUAAAGGGUCUGAUAAGGAAUAAGUACCCCCUCUAUGCGGAUAGCUUCAUCCUCCGGCAUUUCCGGAAGCGUAGGCAGUAA